AUGAGUCAGCGUGGCCGUGGUUCUUGCCCUAACUGUAAAGCACAGUACUUUAACCGCUACAAGCCAUCAAAGUGUGGGAUGUGUGGCUAUGCGCUAGGAGGAACAUUUGAACCAUCAACCAAGAAAGUUAAAUAUUCCCCUAGAGCAGUAGAAAUCUCUAAAGGUAUAUACAGCGUUACAACCAGUACACGAGACGAUCGCUGUUUUGUUACCACUGAUGGUAAUUUGUGGUUUUGUAGUCUUGAGGAAUGCAAGAUUGCAAGAUCAGUUCAACACAAUUCAUCACGCUUAGCCGAGUUUAGUUGUCGUCAUAUCGAUGAAGUAAAGUUUUGUGACAAAUCUCCUCCGGUCGCUAUUUUGAAACCUGACUUAGAUAACUUUGUGUGUAGUGAAACUCUCAGAAAUUCCAUACAAGAUGUGCUAAAUGUAGCUGGAUCUAUGCCUAUGGCAAGUGCUGCGGUCCAGGUAUCCGAUGCAAUGUUCUGUGCGUUCGGACCUAUAACAGCAAGUAAUCCUCUCGGGUACUGCCAUGUCCGCAAAAGUGCAACUGAAUUGAAUCACUUCAUUUGCACCGGAAAAGACUGCCGAGGAUUUGCUGCUAAAGGCAAGCAAGUCAGAACAAAAUCAAUGUGCAUGCAUAUAGCUAUAUUGCAUUCGUGUUUUGUCACCAAUACUUUGGACACGACUGGUGAUACCAACAACAAUGCAACUUUUGAAGCCGAAUCAUCAACAGAACCUGGGCCUACGGUAAAUUCAAGUGAACUAACUAAACGUCUUUCUACGUUGUCUUUAGCCGAGAAGGUUAAAAUUUUGCCAUAUAUUUUACCCCAUGAUUUGUUGCAGUCAGUAGCAAAGAGAGAUGCUUGUACAUUGCUUGGUGUUGGUGAGAUGUGGCCAAACAGUUUCAUACCUGAUUUGGAAAACUGUCAGCUAUGUGGUUCCGUGUUAGGUGAUACCUGCAUUCAUCCCGGACAAUCUCAAAACAACCCGUGCUAUCUGCUCACAGAACUUAACCCGUUUAAGCAAGUGGAUAUAAAAGUUAAAUUUUGUUCAUCUCGUGCAUGUUAUGCAAUGCAUCAAGCAUCUGUGGAAAAACUAGGUAGGCCAUAACAAUACUAUAUCGGAAAACCUAUAGUUGUGGCUUGUGCCUGUUAAUUCCAGGAACUAUAGUUACCCGGUCAUGUUUAUCUCGACUGUGAACAGCCAACCAUGCAGCUCUGCAUGUUCCAGGCUUUUGCACAGUUCAAUCAUUAUUAAGAAAUUAUUGCACCCGCGUGUCACAAAGUCUCAACUUGGUAUAUUACCCUCACCUCAGGCUCAGUUUGCCCUGACCCAAUCCUAUACUUGUAGAGACCUUUAUAGACUAACCGAAGAUUAUAGGAAAAGCAGCCUUUGCCCUUUGGCAGUUUGAGGUGGGGUGUGGGUUUAUGUUCAUGCAUUGGAGGCUUAAGGCCCAAACAGACCGAACGCGAUUCGACAACGCGACGCAAAUUUUUUCAGUUUUUUAAUCAAACCAAAUAAAACCAUCAACGGAUAAAAAUUUUAUAAGCUAUGCAGACCAAAUAGCUAAAAUUGCUCAAGUGGUUCCGAAUAUUUGAAAAACAUAGAAAAAUAUUAAAGUUAAAUGUUAUUGAAAAUUGAAAAUUCGCGUGGCGUUGCCGAAUCGCGUCCGGCUGUGUGGGCCUUUAUAGAGCGUUUCGGUAAUAGCAAAUGAGAAUUUGUGAUAUGGUUGCACUGAUUAUUGAAUUAAUUGCUACAAGACUAUCACUCAGACAUUCAUGAUACUUGCAGCAUGCGAUUUAUCAUAUUACAUAUAGAACUAAAGUUAACUUGAAAAAAAUUGUUGAUUUCCUAAUAUGCGCGCGUGCUUCUUUCUAUAUUAUAGGUUUGUUCAACAUCAGUGACAAAGUUUUGGUUUCGCUGGAUAUCCUACUGGAAUUCAGAGAGUUUUUCAAGAUGGAACAUCCUAUAGGAAAUGUUAUUCCGCAUGCAAAGCUUAUAACCCUGACGGCCAAAUGCGAAGAGGUUAGCAGCAAAUAAUCAUAGUAGUUUUAACAAGUUUAGGCAAAAAUGCAUUUGUACAUGUCAUUUACUUUUGGGAUACUGUAGUUGAGAAGUGGUUCUUUUAAUAACAUAGGUAAUUCCUAUACUUAUAAUAGUUAUUAUGUAUUGACUGUAUAACCGGCCAAGAUUCAAGAAAUAAAAUAAUUUGAUUUAUUCAGGAAUUAUAAUUUUUCGAUUAGGAGUUAAGUUUUUUAAUUAGUAACAAUUUAGUAAUUUAGUUAAUGUCAUAUAAGGCCCGUUUACACGGGCGAUUUUUGCUGCGAUUUUAUUUGCGAUUUUCUCCUUUUGGAGGAUGUAAAGGAGUGCAUGGAUGAGUUAUAAAUGUUCCAGGUUAUGAAUUCUCAUAACAACAUCAUUAAGUGAAUCUACUCCUUCAGAUCCUCCAAAAGGAGAAAAUCGCAACCAAAUCGCAGCAAAAAUCGCCCGUUUAAUCUAUAUCACGAAAAACGUAUUUAUUCAUUGUGCAUGCAUGCUUGUAUGUUUUAGAGCUUAGUUCCAUCAGAUGGCGAAAUGAUGUACAUUGAAGAUCUCCUGUACAAUGGUUUUUAUAGCUUUGAGAUGAUAACAGAAAGAAAUCUUGACGAUGUAGUUUGUGGUGUAUGUGGCGUUUUCCCUGAGAUUUGUUUGGGCGACGGCAACGAAAAAAACUGUUGCACGAACCGUCAG